AUGGAAGGGAAGAAAAGAUUGGAUCUUAGAUUUCAUCACUCAGUAUCAUCACAAUCUUUGGAAUCAUCUGCAUUUGAUUUGGAUAAAAAUGGUCACAACCAUUUUAAAACGGCGCCGCUUCAACCGUUUCCAUCGGGCGGUCAGCAUCCUGAAACCAGUGCUGCUGCUUACUUCUCUUGGCCUACUUCAAGUCGAUUGAACGAUUCAGCGGAAGACAGAGCAAACUAUUUUGCAAAUCUUCAGAAAGGUGUUUUGCCUGAGACUUUUGAUGGUUUGCCUACAGGAAAAAAAGCUACUACAUUGCUCGAGUUGAUGAUGAUUAGAGCGUUCCAUAGUAAGAAUUUAAGGAGGUUUAGCCUCGGUACAGCUAUUGGAUUUCGGAUUCGACGUGGUAUUUUGACAGAUAUAGCGGCUAUUCUUGUCUUUGUUGCUCGGAAAGUUCACAAGCAAUGGCUUAAUCCUCUUCAGUGUUUACCUACAGCCUUGGAGGGUCCUGGAGGAGUUUGGUGUGACGUAGAUGUUGUUGAGUUUCAAUAUUAUGGUGCCCCUGCGCAAACUCCUAAAGAACAGGUGUAUACAGAGCUUGUUGAUGAUCUGAGAGGAAGUGGUUCGUCUAUUGGAUCUGGUUCACAGGUGGCUAGCCAAGAGACAUAUGGAACAUUAGGUGCUAUUGUAAAGAGUAAAACAGGUAUCAGACAGGUUGGUUUCCUAACAAACCGGCAUGUUGCAGUUGAUUUAGACUACCCGAGCCAGAAGAUGUUUCAUCCAUUGCCACCUAGCCUUGGACCUGGAGUCUACUUGGGUGCAGUGGAAAGAGCUACAUCAUUCAUCACCGACGACCUUUGGUAUGGCAUUUUCGCUGGAACUAACCCAGAAACAUUUGUUCGAGCCGAUGGAGCCUUCAUUCCAUUCGCUGAGGACUUCAAUAUGAACAAUGUAACCACAACUGUCAAAGGGAUUGGUGAAAUUGGUGAUAUCCAUGUUACUGAUUUGCAGUCUCCAAUUAACAGUCUCAUAGGAAGAAAGGUGGUUAAAGUUGGGAGAAGCUCUGGUUUGACCACAGGGACCAUAAUGGCUUACGCAUUGGAAUACAAUGACGAGAAAGGGAUAUGUUUCCUAACCGAUUUUCUUGUUGUUGGUGAAAACCAACAGACUUUUGAUCUUGAGGGUGAUAGUGGAAGCCUUAUUCUCUUGGCUGCGGGUGAUGGGAAGAAUGAGAAACCGCGACCUGUUGGAAUUAUUUGGGGUGGAACAGCUAACCGGGGACGGUUGAAGCUAAAAGUGGGGGAACAACCUGAGAAUUGGACAAGUGGAGUUGAUCUUGGCAGAGUUCUUAACCUUCUUGAGCUUGAUCUCAUCACUUCCAAUGAAGGUCUUCAAGCUGCUGUGCAAGAACAGAGACACGGUAUUAUGUGUACAGCAGUUGAUUCAAUGGUCGUGGAAUCAUCUCCCGGCGUGUGCAAGCCGUCAAGGUGUAAAACGGGUGAGAACUUUGAGCCUAUUAACUUGAAUGUUCAGCAAGUUCUCCAAGAAGAAGACAACUCAAAUAUUCAUCCAGAGUUCCAAAUAGAAGAUGUGUUGGAAUCAGCGGCUGUGAUCGAAGAACAUCAGUUCAUUCCAAGUUCAAGCAACAACAGAUCCCCACUUCAUCAGAAAACCAACGGGAAAGAGAAUCUUGAAUCCAAGAACCUGUCUUCUCUAAAGGCUAGUGACUCGGGUGAUGAGAUUGGAUUUUCUUUGCAGUUAGGUGAGUCAGAUGCAAAGAAAAGAAAGCGAACUGAUUCACCGGAUGGUCCUCAAGAAUCUUGA